AUGUUCGUCGAAGCCCCUUCCGCACCGGCGGGGUCCGUAGUUGCUCCCGGAACGCGCCGCGCACCGCCCGCCUUCGGCCGCCCCCACUCCGGGCGGUCCGCCCGGUGCCGCUGCCAUGGCCAGCGCGCCGCGAUCGAACCCGUGGCGGCCGAGAUUGCCGCAUUCGCGCCCGCAACGAUAGCCAACCUGGGGCCGGGCUUCGAUUGGCUGGGAUGCGCAGUCAAGGGCGAAGGGGACACAGUGGUGGCCAGGCCAUCCACAGCUGAGCCCUGCAGUGUCCAAAUCGACAAAAUAGAAGGGGAAGGUGGCCGGCUAUCCCUGAAUGCACAUAAAAACUGUGCGGGAAUUGCUGCAAUCAAAGCUUUGGAACUGAUGGGGAGGACCACCUGCGGUGUUACCUUGUCCCUGAAGAAGGGCUUGCCGCUGGGGAGUGGGAUGGGGUCGAGUGCCGCCAGUGCAGCUGCUGGGGCGAUGGCCGUGAACCUUUUGUUUGGUUCGCCCCUCUCAAAGCAUGAGCUUGUUAUCGCCGGCCUGGCUGCAGAAAGUGUUGUCAGCGGGUACCACGCAGACAACGUCGCACCUGCAUUGCUGGGCAGCUUUGUUUUGGUGAGGAGCUACAGACCUUUGGAACUGCAUCGGCUGGACUUCCCCAACGACCUUUGGUUCGUGCUAGUGACACCAGUGUUUGAGGCACCAACAGCAAAAAUGAGGGCCGCUCUGCCCAAGCUGGUGCCCAUGCCCAAAGUCAUUAACAACUGCAGCAUGGGAGCAGCAUUGGUUGCUGCCAUUGUCACUGGCGAUCCUAAGCUAUUUGGGUCGUCCUUGAACUCAGACGAGAUUGUGGAGCCUGUCCGAGGGUCGCUAAUACCUGGCUUCCCUGCUGUCAAACGGGCAGCCUUGGACGCAGGAGCAUAUGGCUGUACCAUAGGAGGCGCAGGCCCCACAGCUGUCGCCAUUGUGCCUGGUCCGGAGGUGGGAAAGGAAGUCGCAGUCGCCAUGCAGGCUGCAUUCAAGGAGGACGGCAGCCUUGAGACAGCCAACUGCCAAAUCGUUCAGCUGGACAAAGAAGGGGCCACAAUGGCGACGGUGCCAGGAGUGUCGCAGAGUUUGGAUGUCGAUGUGGCAGCCGGCAGGCUGUGA